AUGGAUAACGGCGACUAUUUCGGCCGUCCGGCCGCCAAUAUGCCCUCCAUGGCCUCCACUGCCGCCCCGACCCCGCAACGGCCAGGGACACCGAGCGAAUCCCUCGGGCGCAACCCUUUCGGCGACGGCGUCGAGUCGCAGGCAUCGCAACGAUCGGGGAACAACGGCAAUCCCUUCGUCAGCCCCUCCGUAUCGCGCCCCGCCAGCAGCUUCGACUCUGCUUCGGCGCUGGGCCGCUUUGACGGCGGGCAGCGCUACUUCCACUCGCGCCGCGUCCGCAAGGGCGAGGUUGAGAAGCCGUGGACGAAGCAGGUCGACCCCAAGGAGAAGUGGGUCACCAUCCUGCCCAUCAUAGGCAUCAUUAUCGGCUUGGGCAUUUCGGGUUUCUUGGUGUGGGACGGCAUCCGUAGCGUUGUCAAGCACAAUUACUGCCUGGUGCUGGAGGAGGACUGGUCGAAUGGGUUUAAUGAGAAGGUGUGGAAGAAGGAGGUACAGGUGAACGGGUUUGGCAACGGCGAGUUUGAGCAGACCACGCCGGGCAAUGAGAACGUCUUCAUCGAGAACGGUAACCUCGUCAUCAAGGCGACACCCCGCGAUGACGCCUUGAUGCAAAAGGACACCAAGAUCGAUCUUCUCAAGGACGGUACUUGCACGUCCACCUCGCCCACUUCUUGCAUUGCCUACACCAACAUCACUGCGGGCAACUCCUCCAUCGUGCCCCCCGUCCUGUCCGGGCGCAUCAACACCAGCCCCGGCGCCACCAUCAAGUACGGUCGCGUCGAGGUCACGGCUAAGCUGCCUGCCGGUGACUGGCUCUGGCCCGCCAUCUGGAUGAUGCCGCUCGAGAACAAGUACGGGCCGUGGCCGGCAUCGGGCGAGAUUGACAUCGUCGAGUCGCGCGGCAACAACUACACGCACCCGCAGGGGGGCAACAACAUCAUCUCGUCGGCGCUGCACUGGGGGCCCACGCCGGGCAACGACGCCUGGUGGCGCACCAACGUCAAGCGGCAGGCGCUGCACACGACGUACGCGUCGGGCUUCAACACCUUCGGCAUCGAGUGGUCGCAAAAGUAUCUCUUCACCUACGUCAACUCGCGCCUGCUGCAGGUGCUCUACGUCAACUUUGACGAGCCCAUGUGGGGGCGCGGCAACUUCCCCGUCCAGGACAGCAACGGCACCCGCGUCGAGGACAUAUGGGGCCACACCGGGCGCGCCCAGACGCCCUUCGACCAGCCCUUCUUUCUGAUCCUGAACCUGGCCGUGGGUGGCACCAACGGCUGGUUUGAGGACAACGUCAACGGCAAGCCGUGGUUGGAUGCCUCGCCCAAUGCUCGCAAGGACUUUUGGCAGGCCAAGGACCGCUGGCUGCCGACGUGGACGCAGCCACAGUUGGAGGUCAGCAAGGUCAUGAUGUGGCAGCAGUGUGAUGGUAAUGAGGAUCUUUAG